AAUAGGAGGAUGGAUAGGCGCUGCUAUCUUUGUCCGACAUGUGUUGGAACUUACGCUUCCAUGCACAUGGACUCGCUCCGCAAGAUUUUGAACCAUUUACUGAUGGUAAUGAUGAUGUGUAAUAUUUUUCUGUUUGUGGCGUCUUGGAACGUUUCCUUUCUACCGAUAAUGGGAUUCAACACAGUUUUGGUAGCUUUUUUUCUGUGCUUUCAAAAUAUCGUGGUAUGGCUCAUCCUCAACAACAAUAGGAUUUCUGCUCUUUCCUUUCUGGCACCAACCGAUUUUAUGGUUGGCGUGUCGCUGGGUAUUACAGUCGGAGGGGCCAUUCUGUCCUUUGUCAUUUCCAGCGCUUACCGCCAUAUGUCGCGGUGCGAUGCGGUACAACCCAUCCCGGUCUACGAGUACGUCUGCGCAGAACGAAAAUCAAGCAUGGCAGGGAUAUGGUUCUGGAGUGGCCUUGUUUUCUGGUUGAAUUUUUGUUCAAGUUUGCUUUUGGCAAUAGGACGAGACGAGUUGACUCAACAAAAUCAUUAUGAGAACAUUGGAUUGUCGAUGGACGAUUACGAAGGGCAUUUUCACCAACAUCAUCAACAAGAACACGGAAGAAACGACUUUCUGGGAGACGCGAUGAGCGGCAUACCCCCCUUCGUCGGAGACUACUCGACGGUGCCCGAGAUUCGGUCUGCUAUGGAAGAGGCUGAACGAAGGGCAUCCAAUAACAAACCGUCUGUUGAAAAGGCUUACAUCCAACAAGUAUAGUAUACACGCAAGCUACCUAGUAAAUCAUUGGACAGAGUGAUG